AUGAAUAGGCCCGGUGGUCUUGCUGUGGAUGAAUCUCGGGAUAAGAACUAUCCUAAUAUUGACCCUUCAUCUGCCGACCUGAACACUUUCUCUCCCCGGUCAACUUGGCUCCACGAGUGCAAUCUCACUAGAGAGCGAAGCCGUGAUGUCCGCGGAAACCACGCCAAGCUGAUUCGUAAACUUGCAGCCGAGGCCACUGCCUUGCCGAAGAAUGAGAGGCAGGUCCUUCUCUUGAAGGCUCCUAAGAACAUCGCCAUCUUUGGUAAUGACGCCGGCGAAAACACUAUGGGUGCUGUCAACCAGGCAAAAUUUGAAUUCGGAAACAUCGCAACUGGCGGUCACUCGGUUGUCGCAUCCGUCGCCAAGUUGUGCAAUAACACAGUCAUGAUCACUCUUUCUUCUGGAAUCAACAUUCUCCCCUUCGCCUACCACCCUAAUGUCACUGCCAUUCUCGCCGCACAUUAUCCUGGCCAGGGAGGCGGUAACUCCAUCGUUCACGUCCUCUAUGGCGACGUUAAUCCAUCCGGCCACCUUCCAUACACAGUCGUCAAGAACACUAACGAUUAUAACGCCCCGCCCACCACAGAGGUGUACUGGCAAUCUUGUAAGCCCGUAGCUGAUUCCAUCUCUUCUACUCCCGAAGAGGAGCCUGUCCAGCUUGGCGGAAAUCCCACUCUCUGGGAGACUAUCUACAACACCACCGCCUCAGUUACAAACUCUGGUCAUAUCGAGGGCGCGGCUGUUCCCCAGUUAUAUGUUACCUUCCCUGAUAGUACACCUCAGGGAACACCGCCUCCACAGUUGCGCGUUUCUGAGAAGGUCUCUUCGGCUCCCGGCGAGACUUGCACUUUUGACUUUGAGUUGAUGCGCAGAGUUUUGAGUUAUUGGGAUAUUGUUUCGCAGAAGUGGCUUAUUCCUGAGGGUGAAUUUAUUUUUCGGGUUGGAUUCAGUACCAGGGAUUUGAGGGAGAUCACCCCUGUUCGUGCUUAA